AACAAAAUAAAAAUGGAGUCAUAAGAUGUUGACAGGAGCCUAAACUGACAGUUCGUGCAGGCUGCGGUGUUCCUCUGGUUUGUGCGAUGAGCAGUUUUAGUCGUGAGAUUGUCAGACAGUAAACAUGACCGAGGUGUUAGGACAGAGAAGCUUGCUGGGCCUGGGCAUGCUGCUGGCAUGGCUGGUUCUCUUCCACCUGCUUGUCAACAUCUGGCUGCUGUGUGUGUUCACAAGCCUGCUGGUGGUGGUGGGGGGCUGGCUUGGCUCACAGGCAGUGCUGGAGUCUAACAGUGUGGUUCACCUCGAGCGGUUUGUCACGCUGGAGCAGAUCCCGCCAUCUUUGGAGGAUGAUCGACAUUUAGAUGAGGAGAUUCAUAAAACAGUGAAGAAAAUCAUCAGAGACUUUGUCACCUCCUGGUACUGCCCCGUGUCUUCUGAGAGUGGGUUUGAGAGGCAGGUUCAAGACGUCAUGAUGUCCGUGGCCAAGGAAAUGAAGAAACGUGCAAGACAUGUCGACAAGAAGGAACUGACAGAGAGGAUCCUGGAUCUGUUUGGCUGCCACCUACAGGACUACAUCAGCGCCAAGGAACAAGUGACUAACCAGCAGACGUCCUCAGCCUGCGAGAGCGAGCAGCUGUGGUUGGCGUAUUCCAGGAUCGCUACACCUCAUCUUGCCGUGACCGGUGACACGGUGGAACUAAACUACACCAGAGUGUUUGUAGAUUUGUUGCUGCACAUUUUGGUUCCAUACCCACAUUUGGAGAGCCAAAGCGGACGGUUUGUUGUUGGCGAGCUUAUCACAUGCAAUGUUUUCCUUCCUCUCGUUUCAAAAUUGUCCAACCCUGACUGGUUAAACAUUCUCUUGGUGGAAAUAUUCAGACAAUCCAGUAAACCCAGGGAAUCAGUUGCAGCAGAGCCAGUGACGACUGUCCCUCAGCUGUCGCCACCAUCGGCUGAUGGAUCAGACCUGGCUCCUGUGGUGGAGACAUCGCAGAGGAAAACCGAAGCUCCUUUGGGAAGAACGGAAACUGAAACUGUCACUGAAACACAGAUGCCUCAGUCUGCAGCCUCUGACACCGUUGACAAUGGGGAGGUGGUCUUUCCACAGACCAGUGCUGAAGAAGAAGAGCGAUCCUUUCUUGAGGGAAACAUGGGAGGAAGAAAGUCAAACCCAUUUUAUCAGGAAAAUGACUCUGACCUUGAUUCUCCUUUGGUUGAUUAUAAACAGAGUUCCACUGGUUUCCUGCUCAUGAUUGGCCAAGAGGAGCUGGUGUAUGACAAAAGGAAAGAAUGUACCACAUCUGUUGACAACAAUAUCAGUGUGGACAGUGUGGACGUCUCUCCCUGUCCAGUGAAUGGCUCUUGUCCAAACAUCUUGGUGAAUUCAGAACAUCCUAAUGGCUUCAGUCCCUCUUUAGUGAAGGGGGGAGAUGUUUCUCCUAAUGUCAGUGGCCUCCAGGAUGUGGAAAGGGAGGCCAGGUCGCCCUCAGUAAACCCAACCAGUGAGCAUCUUCUGAGUGUGGAACAGAGCGGGCUGGUGAGCUCCACUGAGCUGACUGCAGGCAGCCCACAGCAGGUGAACGCCUCGAUGCCAUCUUUUAGUUUUGAGCCCCUCAGCAGCCCAGAUGGACCAGUCAUCAUCCAGAACCUUAGAAUCACGGGCACCAUCACAGCCAAAGAACACAGAGGCACCGGCUCUCACCCGUACACACUGUACACCAUCAAAUAUGAGACGGCCAUGGGUGAUGAGACUCCAGGACUUGUCCAGUCUGGCUGUGGAGAAGCUGAAGUUGUGCAGACAUGCUGUGAGACUCUGUCCCCCAUUCAGUCAGUAGCUUACCACAUGGUCAACAGACGAUACAGCGAGUUCCUGAACCUCCAAACACGACUGGAGGAAAGGAACGACCUGAGAAAACUCAUCAAAGGUGUGAAAGGUCCAAAGAAAAUCUUCCCAGAAAUGCCGUUUGGAAACAUGGACAGCGACAAGAUAGAGGCCCGAAAAGGUCUGCUCGAAACCUUUCUCAAGCAACUGUGUGCUAUUCAGGAAAUUGCUAACAGUGAAGAGAUGCAGGAGUUUCUUGCCCUCAACACUGACGCCAGGAUUGCCUUUGUGAAGAAGCCUUUCAUUGUGUCACGCAUAGAUAAGAUUGUGGUCAAUGCCAUCGUGGACACUUUGAAAACAGCGUUUCCUCGUUCGGAGCCUCAAAGUCCGACAGAUGAUAACGAAGCAGAGACGGACGGAAUCAAAAUAUAUGUGGAAAAGAAAAGCAAAUCUCGUCUGAAGUUCUCCACUAAAAACAUUCCCUCCAUGAAUGUUCCGGAGGUUAGACCACCUGUUGUGUUCAGUUUGGACCAAACCAGGGCAGUGUUCAGCAACAUGUCUCUGGAAGAUCUGAAAGCAUCUAUCACAGAACAAGAAAAACUCUCCAUUGGUGUGGAGAGGGCAGGAAGUCCAGAAGUCCCAGAAUUCAGAGGUUUUCUAAAUGAAAGUUUGAGAGGAAAACAGAGACAGGAACAAGCAUCUGAGAUGGCGCUGGCAGAGGUGGCCCUGAACAUCCUGUGUGUGUUGAUGAAGGAGCAGUGGAGCUGGCUGUGCACUGAAAACGUUCAGGGGACCAUCAGGCUGCUGUUUGGAACGCUGAUCAACAGGUGGCUCGAUGUGGGUGUAGCCAACCUGAUGUCGAAAAGAUACUGGGUGGUGUAUCUGCAAGUCAUCCAGGAGGCUGUGUGGCCUGGAGGGACUCUUCCUACAUCCCCUCACCCUGAGCGCAGCCAAGAGGAGAAGGAGCGCACCAAGGAACAAGCCCUACACUGUCUGAUGGGCCUUCUACCAGAUCUGGUGUCAGACAUGUUGGGCUCGGACAAAUACAAGCUCAGCUGGGAGACUGCGCUGGAGUCGCUUCAGAAUCCACUCAUUAACAGAGGAUGAUCCACCUGAACCUGCAGGCUUCAUCCACACAGUCGUGGUGUGUGCUGACGGAGGUGCUGGGUGGGGUUUAAAGCACAUGUGUCUCAUCAACUGGUCAGGUAGUGUGUGUGUGUGUGUGUGUGUGUGUGUGUGAGAGAGACGUGGUCUGACCGGUUCCUCUGUUGAUAAAGUGUUGUUUAGUCUUAGACUGUUGUCUAAACAACGGUGGAAGAGGUGGUGAAUUGUUGGCAGAUGUUUUCCCUCCGAUGUGGAGUUUCUAACCACAAGCGUUUACCACAUUCGCUUUUUAUCAGAGGUCGUUAUGGAGGUUACGGAAUUCAUCCAGACCGAGCAUUCUUCAGGAGAGGUCAUCAGUUUGAAAACUGGUCCACAUGGUCAAAGGAAAAAUGUAAAAUUAAUAAAAAUAAAGUAUAAUUUAUAUAUAUAUAAUGUUAUACAAUAUUAAAAAAGGGCAAAAAAAAGAAUCUGAACUGGAUUUGGCAGGUAAAGGCAAAACUGCUGAGAUAAUUGAACGGACAUUAGCGUUGAUAAUGUAAAUCUGCUUUGAAUAUAUUUCCUGUCCAUCCCAUAAUGUUGCUGCUCUGAAGGUCGGUCCUGGAGAAAAGGUGAAACGAUCUGUUCCUCACAGAGGUGGUGAAGAAUCUGAAGUUCUCUCUGAACCUCAUCAGGUUUGUUUAGACUUCCCCAGGACAGGAAAUACAGAAAUAGCAAAGGCUUUGAUGUGGAGCAGGUGCUAACAGGUGACGUGUACUGUUUGAACAAAGUCAUUUAAACCAGGUGACUUAAGGACAUCUUCUGCCCCUGGUCUUAGACACCUGGUGUACUCGUUGUUGGAUCUUCUGCUGGAGUUCCUGGUCCCUGAACUUCUUGAGGAAGACUUUCAGAGGAGGCUGCUGCAGACCCUUCCUAAGAAUACAGAGAGGUUGGUGGCCUGAGGAGACCGCACUGGAAGAUCAAACCUCAGCAUUGACUCUUCGUCCACUGUACUAACCACGUUCUGUGAUCCGCGUCUUCACGCUGUUUUCACCCUUCUGGAGACUGAAACGUUUUCUGCUCCAGAGGUGAGUCAGCAUCGUUUGUAAUCAGGUCUGUUGAACAUGGCGUCCCUUAUAAAUAUACAGGUUUAAUUCCACGCACGUGCAGCGUUAAUCACACCUGGUUCUGCGUUUGAUCUCGCAGGAGAGACACGCACUGUUUGGACGCAUCAUCUGCCGUCUCCCCCUCCUGUCUCCCCCGUCCUGUCACACUUCAGAUGGUUUUCACAUUCGCUCUCUUCUCCCCCAGCGUACGUGUUAAAUACCGCACACAUCUUGCUUCAAUACGGAGAACUGCGAGAUUUAACGUCACAUCAUGAUCCCGCGGCACAGGCGUAGAAAAGUACACAUGUCGAGUCGGCUAUAAGAUAUUUUACUGCCUUUCCAGGUGGGUUCCCGCUAAUAUGUUCCACGGUGAAUUUAAUGUCUGAAUAAUGGGAGAACUCGGCUUCACAUAAACCUGCAUGUGAAGGUGUCGGCUGUUGGCAGUAACUUUUUUUGUAGGCGGCAGUAAAACAGAGGACUUGGCAGCUCGUUCACCCACGAGUGUUGGAGAAUUACAUAACAGCAGUUUCUCGCAUUUUUGUUCACGGUAAAACAUUUAAGGUCCGUCCAGUGUUUGUUAUUUCUAUCCUAAACCUCAGUUAAUCCUUCAUCUGAUGGAGGGGUGUUCAACAUACAGGCGGCGGGCGAGGCAGCCAAGGUGCAAUCGGACGAGCGUAGCUCUUUGCAGAAGAAUUGCAAUGAUAUUUGAACAGGUUUAAAUAAUAACAUUGCAGCAAAAUAAAGAAAAAAAAAUACCAGCGCCUUUAGACAGUGUUCAGGCAAAUAAAACCUAAAGUCAUUUUUUGGGUUUUAUUUCUGUCGUCUUCACCAUCGUGGCGCAAGUAUAGGGGUAAAGAUAAGUUAGGUCAUAAAUCGUUCUGGAAUAAAGGUCACAAUCAUGGUCUUGUAAAAUAAUUAUUUGUAAGCGUCUUAAAAUCACUGAGUUUGAUUAUAAAUUCAAGAAGACAUUUGUUUCAGUAACACAAUAAUAUUUU